AUGGUCUACCAACAGUCUGCAUACCAAGUCGUUAAAACGACCACAGCGGUGAAAGCUAAAGGAAAAGCACAAGAGGCACAUAAAGUGCGCCAGCAACGGAAUGGACCCAACGACGCUCCUUUCGCCCAGAAGCUGGACCUCGGGUGGGUCAUAGUUGGCGACGUCUGUGUCGACAGAUUACGCACACCAGAGAAGGUCGACGCUUUCGCUACAACUGUACUGGGGAAUGGACGUCCGUCUUCCUUCAAGCCAUGCCACAAUCACAUUCUCGCAAAGGAAAACCUGAGUUGUCAGCAUCCCAACGGAGAAGCCGUGCUGCCUGGUAUAUCGCCACCGAGUAAUGACGCAGUGGACCCGCUAUUCCAGACAACAAGGGAGGACGAAACCUUUGCUCCGUCUGUGGAGGACCAAGAAUUCUUGAAUCUUAUGGACAGAGAAUUCCGUAUGGACGCAUCGGGCAACUGGGUGGCGCCCUUGCCGUUUCGUACACCUAGACGUAAGCUUCCUGACAACCGAGAACAAGCACUAUCUAGGUUCAACUCGCUAUGUCGCACCCUGGAUAGAAAACCGGAGAUGAAGCAGCACUUUGUUGCCUUCAUUGAAGAUCUGCUGAAAAAUGGUCAUGCUGAGCCGGCUCCACCAAGGGACGAAUCUAAAGAGUACUGGUAUCUUCCCAGCUUUGGUGUCUACCACCCACAGAAACCGGGACAGAUCCGCGUCGUGUUCGACUCCAGCGCCAAACACCAAGGCAUUUCGCUAAAUGACCUGCUUCUUUCGGGACCGGACAUGACUAACAGCUUGGUCGGAGUUUUACUCCGCUUCAGGAAGGAAGCCUUCGCUGUAACCGCAGAUAUCCAGCGCAUGUUCUAUUGCUUCUUCGUACGUGAAGAGGACAGGGACUACCUGCGGUUUCUUUGGUUCCGUGAUAACGAUACCAGCAGCGAAGUUAUCGAGUACAGAAUGUGCGUGCACGUCUUCGGAAACACGUGUGCCCCAGCCAUUACGACAUACGGUUUGAGACGAACCGCACAAGAAGCAGAGCCUGAAUUCGGAGCUGACGUCCGCCGCUUUGUCGAAAGAGACUUUUACGUGGACGACGGCCUCAUAUCUCUGUCAACAGAAAAGGAGGCCAUCGAACUCCUGAAAAGGACGCAGAAGAUGCUGAUGGGUGCGAACUUACGCCUCCAUAAGUUUGCUUCAAAUUCGGUUGGCGUCAUGGAUGCCUUCCCAUCGGAAGACUACGCCAACGACCUAAAAAACUUGGACCUAAGCGGCGGGAACUUACCCAUGCAGCGGAGUCUCGGUCUAAGCUGGAAUUUGAGGGUCGAUACAUUCACCUUCAGAGUGCCUGCAAGGGACACUCCGAGCACAAGGAGGGGCGUGCUGUCGACCGUGAACAGCCUUUACGACCCUUUGGGAAUGACAGCUCCGGUAACCGUACAGGGCAGACUCCUGCUUAGGGAGCUAACUUCAUGCGCCACAGACUGGGAUGCCCCACUCGUACUGGACGACAAAUGGCAAACAUGGAAGGACUCGCUUCGCGCCCUUGAGCGACUCGAGAUACCACGCCGGUACGUUGCUGAAUCCGUCACCAAUGCUCGUCGACGAGAGAUCUGCGUGUUCUCCGACGCUUCAGAGAAGAUAAUAGCCGCUGUGGCCUACAUCAGGGUUACAGAUUCCAAGGGGACGCCACACGUGGGGUUUGUGAUCGGCAAAGCGAAGCUGGCACCACGACCUGAACAAACAAUCCCGAGGCUGGAGCUAUGUGCCGCUGUGCUUGCCGUCGAAAUCGCUGAGCUGGUGGUUAACGAAAUUGACGUUCACAUCGAAGACGUCAGGUACUACACGGACAGCAAGGUUGUGCUUGGGUACAUCUGUAACCAGUCGAGGCGCUUCUACGUCUACGUCAGCAAUCGCGUCAACAGAAUAAGGAGAUCCACGAAACCCGAACAGUGGCACUACGUCCCGACUGACCAGAACCCUGCGGACCACGCCACUCGACCAGUUGCUGCGGCAGCUCUCACUCGUACAACCUGGCUCACAGGACCCAAAUUCCUUCACGAACGCUCGAGUGCGGAGUCGGCAAGCGCAGCUUUCCCGCUCCACCAGCCAGAGGUCGACCCUGAUAUACGGCCACAAGUCUCCGUCUCUGCAACUUUCAUGAUGAACCAACAACUGGGUACCCAUCGCUUCAAGCGCUUUUCGUCAUGGACGUCACUUGUAAAGGCCUUAGCGAGUCUCGUACACAUCGCUCGAUCGUUUCUGAACCCGUCACCCACUUGUCACGGAUGGCACCAUUGCAACAAACCUCGAACCGCGGAAGAACUAGCGCAUGCUAAAAAGGUCAUCCUGCGUAGCGUCCAACACGAGGAAUUCGCAGAGAUCAUCGUUCGGCUUCGCACGGACGUACCUCAACGAAAACACUUCUCAACCAAACGCUCUCUGUGGAAGCUCGAUCCUUAUAUCGACAACGACGACAUGUUAAGAGUUGGCGGGCGCUUACAGAAUGCACACAUGAACGAGGAAGAAAAGCACCCGCUUAUUGUUCCCGGUCGGCACCACGUCGGUUUACUACUGCUUCGGCACAGUCAUGAGAAGGUCGUCAAGCACCAGGGAAGACACUUCACGGAAGGGGCUAUUAGAGCCGCUGGCUUCUGGAUUGUCGGCGGGAAAAGAUGCAUAAGCGCCAUGAUCCAUCGCUGCGUCACAUGCCGUAAGCUUCGACGCAAGUGUGAGCAGCAAAAAAUGGCAGAUCUACCCGAAGACCGUCUAAACACAGACCCCCCGUUCACUUUCGUGGGACUGGACGUUUUUGGUCCGUGGGUCGUCGCCUCACGACGCACAAGAGGUGGUUUAGCCCACAACAAGAGGUGGGCAGUCCUCUUUACGUGCUUAGCCGUCCGUGCUGUGCACAUAGAAGUGAUAGAUUCUAUGGACACUUCCAGCUUUAUUAAUGCCCUACGAAGAUUCAUCGCACUUAGAGGCCCAGUUAAGCAGUUCCGUUCAGACCGAGGAACAAACUUCGUUGGUGCUUGCUCUGAACUAAAGAUAUCAUCGGUUCGCUUCGAAUCCCGCAAAGUAGAAACUUUCUUAAACGAGCAAGACUGCACUUGGAUAUUCAACACACCGCACUCUUCGCACAUGGGCGGCGCUUGGGAGCGAAUGAUAGGUAUGGCUCGCCGAAUCUUGGAUUCGAUGCUCCUCAACGAGGCCGUUGCAUCGUUCUCUCACGAAGUCUUGACGACAUUCUUAGCAGAAGUAACUGCCAUCAUAAACUGCAGGCCCUUAGUCCCUGUAUCUUCGGACCCCGAAUGUCACUCAGUUCUCACCCCUGCAAUGCUUUUGACACAGAAACCGUCACCGCCAACGUCACCAGCAGGAGAGUUCAAAAGUCUCCACGUCAAGCAGUGGAGACAAGUACAGGCUCUGGCCAACACGUUCUGGCACCGAUGGAGGAAUGAGUACCUACCUAGUCUCCAAAGUCGUCGCAAAUGGCUAACCGACCAACGUAAUCUUGCGGUCGGCGACGUUGUCCUAUUGAAGGACGCGACAAGCAGACGCCAUGAGUGGCACAUGGGAAGAAUCAACGCUGUGUACCCAGGAAAAGAUGGAAAGGUGCGGAACGUUCAAGUGCAGACGGCCCAAGACGGAAAGAAGAAAACCUUCGAUCGGCCAGUCUCCGGUCUAGUUCUGUUGUCGUCGGAGCAGUGCCUGUAG